CUCCCACACUGCCACGCAGCACGAGCCCCUCGCCCUUCGCCCUUCGCCCUUCGCCCUUGCCGCCGAUCCUUCCCCAAAACCUAGCCCGCCCGCCCGCCGUCGGGGCCUUCUAGAACCUUCCAUCCGGGGCGCCGCGCCUCCCGCCACGGACCCCGCCCUCUCGUCGCCCCCGCACCCUCCCGCGCGGCGGCCUCGCAGAUCCGGUUGGAUCGAGGGCGCAGGAGGCUCCGGUCGGGGGCACACCUCGCCCAGCCCGAGGCCAGGAGAUGGGGCAGGCGUUCCGGAAGCUCUUCGAUGCCUUCUUCGGCAACAAGGAGAUGCGGGUGGUGAUGCUUGGGUUGGAUGCAGCUGGAAAAACCACCAUACUCUAUAAGCUGCACAUUGGCGAAGUUCUCUCCACCGUCCCUACCAUCGGUUUCAAUGUUGAGAAGGUUCAGUACAAGAAUGUAGUGUUCACUGUGUGGGAUGUCGGCGGCCAGGAGAAACUGAGGCCCUUGUGGAGGCACUACUUCACCAAUACCGAUGCUCUGAUUUAUGUGGUUGAUUCACUGGAUAGAGAGAGAAUCGGGAGAGCCAGAGCAGAGUUCCAGGCUAUAAUCAAUGACCCUUUUAUGCUUAACAGUGUACUUUUGGUGUUUGCUAACAAGCAAGAUAUGAGGGGAGCAAUGACCCCGAUGGAGGUGUGUGAGGGCCUAGGGCUGUACGACCUGACUAACCGCAUCUGGCACAUCCAGGGCACGUGUGCUCUGAAAGGAGAUGGCCUGUAUGAAGGGCUCGACUGGCUAGCAACUACCCUGGACGAAAUGCGAGCCUCUGGACGGAUAACCUCAACAUCAUCAUCGUCAUCCUGAAACUACAUGUAACAGGACGAACAGAAAUUUGAUCCUCGUGAUACGCCCAUUGAAGGACCAUCUCGCGAUUCAGGCCAUGCGCUUGCACUCUUUGUUUCCUUAUUUUCGUGUUUCCCCAAUUGCUGCUGGCUAUACCUGGAGUAUGGACUGAGUGAAGCAUCUGGCAACGUUAGGUUGGCAGAGUUGUAGUAGCACUGGUCGCCGAUUUGGUGGUGUUGGUGGUUGUGAUCUGCGUUUGCGAAGAAGAGUAGGGGUGGUGCUAUCUGACUCAUCUGCUAGUCAAGACUUGAGAUUACUUGAUCAUCACUAUAAUCCAUCGUGUGUGUGGGUGAUUGUAAAUACUACCACUGAUGACAUUGACUCUUGUGGUUUUGAAACUGAAGAAAUGGAACCCCAUACGUGCUUUCCUGCGCUA